AUGAGUGAAUUUAUUGUAACUUCUCGACUGUCUGACCUUUUCUCAGUGUCAUCAUCUAGACAAUAUUCAAUCAAGGAAAUAAUUUCUAAACAAACUGUAACUGUAGAAGUCUUACAACUGAAGAGAUCUAUGUAUGAUGACCUUGAUGGCUUUAUUUUUAAACAUUUUGAUACUUACUGCAGCUUAUUGAAGCAAUUUUCAGAAUUUGAUGGUAGUAUGAAAAUGUCUGCUUUUAAGGUUCUACUUCAAGUCACUGAAAAAAUGAUAGUCUCCUUGUCUUCAUUUUUACAAGAUGACAUUGAAAAUUUUGAACCCGAUACUUUGCAUAAGAAAAGAAAUCAGUUGAAAAUGAGUGUGUUUUUGCUUUGUCACUUCACACAAGCAUUUGAAACGGAAAUCGCAAAAAAGUUAAUGACUGCAAAAGUUGCAAAGGGGAAAAAGAAAAGAUUGUCAAUGGGAGAUGAAUAUUCUGAAUGGUCUGACGAGCGGGUAAAGUUUCUUGUUAUUGUGAAAAAACUUUUCAAACUCCCUAUUGAUAAGCUUUGGAACCCACCUACUGUCGAAUCAGAAUUUGUGAAUUUUGUAACUGCUUCUUACUUUAAGUUACUAGAAAAUGCAGAAGUUACUAAAGAUAAAGGAAUGAGAAUGGAAAUAUUUAAAUUUCUUGGCACAAUUCUCGCUGAUUAUUCUUGUUUGUCAUACAGCAUUAAAAUUAUACAAUUAGCUCAAGAUUUUGAACAUUUACCAUCUGUUUUGGCCGAAGCUGUAGUUUAUUUUACAACUGAAUGCUCUGCCGAUUCGUUGAUAUCCGAUAUUUGUCGAGAAUUACUUCUAUUGGACCCUCAGUCGUUAGUUCAAAAUCUCACAGCUGCCCAUUCCUUGUCACAAUUUUUAAUUGUAAUUUGUGAAGGAUGUCCAAAUAAAGUUUUAAGCUCUAUUAGUAUCUUGCUUCAAUUUCUGGAAUGGGAGAGACUCCUACAUUCUCUGUUAGAGCCUUCAGUUGUUGCUAAAAAUCUUAUCAAACUUCUAUUGAAUGCCACUACUGAAGAUGCUCUUAAUGUUCAAGAAUUUAUGAAACAUUUUGGAAAGAUGGGAGAAAUUCCCUCUUCAGUUCCCAAAAUUUUGUGGUCAAACCUUACAAAUUCUAAAUCACCUGUUACUGAAGAAGAAAAGAUUAUAACAAUACUGCUACUUGGUAUGUUAGCGGAAGUAGAUUCUGCUGUUGUCACUAAUCAUUUUGAUGAACUUAUAAAGUUGGGAUUAGGAAAAAAUGCUGAAGAAAAUUUCCAAUUAGCAAGAUACACUUUUAAAACUCUCUGUAAAAUCAAUCAAAAUGUACGAGGCAAGUUUGACUGUGCUACUGGAAAUAACGAUGAAGUUCUGUUGCCUUUGGAUCAUGAAAUUGUGAAAAGAAUCAAGUGUCUACUGAUAAAAGGUUUUACCAAUUUCGAAGAUGAUCAGUGGACACCUAUGGCCAAUGAGGCUGUUGCUUGUCUGUAUUCUCUUGUAACAGAGCCCACAUUUUUAUGUGCUGAAAUUGGCGUGGAAUUAGUUAAUAUAUUGUAUAAAGGACCGGAAAAUGACCAAGAAGGUAUUCCUAUUCCUUUUGUGAUUUCUCCUCUGCUACUGACACGCUUUCUUUCUUUUUGUGGAGAUGUGGCUUUACAUUAUACAUUUUACCUCAAAGUAGACUAUUUUGCUCAUUUGAGACGUCAAGAGAUAUUAAAAGAGAAACGACGGAGGAAGUCAAUUGUUAACAAGAAUUUAUCAUCACUCCAUAGGACCAUCUUAAGUAGUAGUCCAAAAUCAGCAAAAAAAAGGCAAGCUAAUAAUCAAAAGUAUCAGUAUGCUCCUCCAGUUGAUGAAGAAACUACUUACGAGCAAGUUUUGGAGAUGUGUGCAAAAGAAGCAAAACAUGCAACCAGACUAUUAGGAGCCCUUCUACCAGCAAUUGUAGAUGCAUGUAGGUACACUCUCACUGAUUUUCAUAAAGAAAUUCAAGCUGCAGCCUCUUUAGCUUUGGUGAAAUUCAUGCUAAUUAGCGAAGAAGUUUGUGAACAAAAAAUGCAAUUAUUUGCAACCAUUGCAGAAAAAUCUCCUGAGCCAUACAUUCGAGCUAACAUGGUGAUAGCGAUGGGAGACUUAACCACCACAUUUCCCAAUAUAGUGGAACCAUGGACAUUAAAAGUUUUCCAAAGGUUGUCCGAUUCUGAUGCAUAUGUACGAGAAGCUGCGCUUGUGGUGCUUACACAUCUCAUAUUGCAUGACUUUGUUCGGAUUAAAAGCCUCAUCAGCGAAGCAGCAAAAUGUAUAGCAGAUUCUAAUGAGAAUAUAUCACGAAUUGCCAAGUAUCUCUUCACAGAGCUUUCUAAAAAGGGAAAUGUAAUCUACAAUAUCAUACCAGAUAUUAUAAGUUCACUUAGUGACCCCAAAUCUGGCAUUCAGGAAGAAAAAUUUCAAGUCAUUCUUAGCCAUAUGUUGCAAUACAUUGAGAAAGAGAAACUUGUUGAAGGUCUUGUAGAAAAGCUGUGUUGCAGAUUCACAGAUUCUAGUACUCAAGUUCAAAUUCAUGAAUUGACCUUCUGCCUAAGUGUCCUGACAUUAAAUGACAAGUGCUACAGUAAACUUUUAGAAUUCAGAACUCUUCUGAAAGAAAAGAUGAGUGACCCUGUCGUCAUGAAAUAUAUUACAAGCAUCACUGCAAAUGCAAAGAAAAAUGAUGCUAAAACGGCGGCUGAAUUAGAGGCUUUUCGAACUGCAUUGAACAUUUGAUGAUUUUCUCAUUCAUUUGAUUUAUUGUGAAAUAAUAUAUUUUUGAUACAUUGAAAUGUAAUGUAUAUUACGCAGCAAUAGUUAUUGGCUAAGGCAAUAUCUUGAGAAAAAACGGCAUUAUGUUUCUCAAGUAAUAAAAUGCACAAUUUUCAUAUGCUUAUAAAUUUUUGACUGUUUAAAAGAGCUAAGCAAUAAAACUUUAA